GUCAUCUGGCUCGACAGUGGGCACCGGGUCAUCUGGCAUCAGGUCAUCUGGCUCGACAGCGGGUACCGGGUCGUCAGGCAUUGGAUCGUCUGGCUCGACAGCGGGCACCGAGUCACCUGGCAUAAUAGGAUCAUCAGGCUGGAUCAGUUCAUCAGGCUGGACAUCAGGCUGGGUAGAGACAUCAGGCUGGGUAGAGACAUCAGGCUGGGUAGAGACAUCAGGCUGAAUUGUGGGCACCAAGGCACCAGGCUGCACCACGGAAGGCGGGUUCUCAGAUGGCAGGCUGACCGGUUUGGAUACUGGCAGGAU